AUGUGUUUUGAGGUGAUGUUUGUACUCUAUAUUAGUAAUAUGACGUUACCUUCUGUAUCUCAGUCUACAACAACUCAAACUCGACUAGAAUGUAAUCAUUUAGCAUUUAGUCAAGGGAAGAAAUCUUAUUUUUAUAACAAUGUUAAUAAAACCUGUAUGAUUUAUCCUAAUAAAAUACAUUGGAUAGAAUUAAUGGUUCCGCAUCCUGGAUUUGAAUAUUUUGUUGAAGACGGUCCUGCUUGUGGACCUCCUCCAGUCCCAAAAGGUCAUCAAUUAUUAGAAGUCAUUGAAUCCCCUGGUAAUUAUACAGCAAGAUAUAAAUGUGGUCAAUAUUACGUUCAUCGUCAAAUAGGCGAAACACGAUGUAUUGGUGAUUCAGACUGGACGGAAACACCAUGCAAGGAUUUUGCAUCUUGUGAAACGAUAAAAGAAUGUAACUCAUCUUACACAACUGAUGGUGAAUAUAUUCAUUAUCCUGCGAUUCCCACUGGUACAAUAGACCCACAAUGUAAUUUACUUGGUUUAUAG